AAAUAUUUUGAAAAAUUGCGCCUAAAGAUUUUUAAAUUUUCUACAAGCGCGAAUUUUUAGUUUUUUUACAAUUAAUUUUUGAAAUAAAAAAUACGAAAAUUUUUAAUUAUCUGGCAACCAGGAUCAUAAUUUAUCACAAUAAUUACUAUAAUUAAUGGUUAUGGACUUUGUUUUGAAUAUGUCAAAAAUAAUAAUAGAUUUUUUUACUAGACCAGAGUGGCUUUUGUCGAAAUUAAAUCUUGAUACGGGUUAAGUGUCAAGUUCAAAUUUUCAAACCGUAAUGGAGACCACGUGCUGAUACACCAGUAAAAUAGAAAAUUAUUUUUAAAUGCACCUGUCAUUUAAUUUAUGAUAUUUAAUUAUUUAAAAUAGACCACAUCUAUAAUGAAUUUCGUAAGAUCGUCGUCAUAUAUUACGUCACCAAAUUUGGAAAAAAAUAUUUAACGACAGUGUAUCUAUGAGUGUCAAUGUCACUGACAAGUGGGAAUUUUUUAGUAAGGAAAUAAAGUUAUUUUGUACUGAUAUCUAAUGAUGCAAAACGAAACGGAAUUGAAUGAAACAUUAUGGGAUCCCGCAGAAAUAUUUACACCUUCAUUAGAUUAUAAAUAUGCAGUUAUUAUCUUAAACCAACCAAUUUUAUUUAAGAAAAAUAUUGUAUUGCCUAUAUGGAAAAAAGCACAAUUUAGAAUUACUGUUGACGGUGGUACGAAUCAAUGGCUACAAUACCUGGGGACUUUAGCAGAUGAAAUAUUUUCUAAAAAAUGUAUCGAAUAUGCACCCGAUUCAAUUACAGGUGAUUUCGAUAGUAUCUUACCAGAUCACAUAAAUAAACUAAAAAAUGUUGGGGUUGAAGUUAUCACCACCAUGGAUCAAAAUCAUACUGAUUUUACCAAGUCAUUGAUGCAAUUAUCUACUAAUUGUAAACACAAAAAUAUUCAGUUAAAGGCAGUUUAUGUAUUCGUUGAAACAGCCGGAAGAUUUGAUCACAUUAUGGGUAACAUUAAUACUUUGUACAGAAGUAAAGAAUUAAUAGAUGUUGAAACUAUAAUUCAAGUAGCGAGUAAUUCAUUAACAUGGUUAUUAAAACCCGGUUAUCAUAUUAUUAAAAUUCCUCAAGUUCUCAGAAAAACUCAGUCGUGGGUAGGCCUCAUUCCCAUUGGAUCUGUUGUUAAGAAUAUUUCAACAACUGGGUUAAAAUAUAAUUUAGAUAAACAUACAUUAGCAUUUGGAGACCUAGUAAGUACUUCAAACUCUUAUGAUGGAUCACCAGAAGUCACAGUAACAACUGAUUCUCAUGUUAUAUGGACAAUGGGUAUUGAAUCUUUAGUUGAACUGGAAAAUGAUUCUCUUUGAAUAUUAUUUCCGAUUUUUUUUUAUUUUAUUCACUUGAACAAAAUUUUUUAAUUGUUUACAAUAUUAAUUUACUAUAACUCGUUUAAAUUUUUGUUUUUAAAAAUUUGAAAAAAAUUCAGCACAUCAUAGGUUUGAUUCAAUGGUUAUUUUUAAUUUUAGUUAAACUAUUUUUUAAUUGAGGUAGUUGUCCUGCUACAAUAUUGUCAAAAAGUUAUGAGCCAUAUAUAUUACGCGGUAAGAGUAGGUUAGGUGGUAGUUAAAACGAGACAUUGCUUUUGUUUGAUACUGUACCCGUGAGAAGUUUACGUGAAUGUUUUCACUAUCGCUCUCACCCUAGCGGAUCCGAGUUACGGUAAAUUACGGUAAUUAACCGUAAUUUAUGGAAUUUUUACCGUGAGCACCGUAUGCUUUUUAUUUUUAUAGUUUUUACAGUGCAAUACUUCACUUUAUGGUAAAAUACCUCAGGCUUGUCACAAUUUUACGGUAAAUUACCGUUCUCUUGCUGCAAAUCUACGGUACAUUUACUGUAAAAUAUCGUAUUUUACCGUAAAAUGCCAUAAUUUGCCGUAAAAUACCGGAAUUUUCUGAAUACCUUAAAUUACGGUAAUUACCGUAAAUCGGAUCCAGGGCAGCCGGCCAUUUUGUACUCUAACGUUCAUUCAUUAGAUUAAAUUUAUGUUAGGUUAGAAUCUUUAAUAAUUAUUAUACAGUCGAGUCGCGUUAUGAGUCCGUCGACUUACAUUUUUUACUCUUAAAUCCGAUAUAUUUACUUAAUCCACCACUUAAAUAAGCAUCAACAGCAGUAACGUAAAAAAUUUUAAUCAGAUUUUGAUAACAGACUAGAACAAAUAAUUCAUUAGAUACAUGAAAACUUAUUCGCAAAAAUUAUUUUAAACAAUGCAAUUUUCGGGAUGUGUGAAAAUUUAUAACUCGGAUCCAAGCUCGUUACCAAAGUUGAAAUUUUCAGGGCUUUUUAGGGAUAUAACAAAGCAACUUUCCCGAAAAGUCGAAGCAAAUCGAAGUUCCGAGAAAAAAAUAAUAGUUAUCUGAAAAUAGCGAUUUUUAAAAAAUCAAUCGGCUCUGGAUUACCGUACACGGAGAAAUAAUUAUUGUUUAGAAUGCUGCGGUGUCAUAGAAGUGCCAGACCAUGUUGGCCACCUGUCGGAAAUUGAAAUGAACACAUGCAGAAAUUACUAUGGCCAUAGUAAAGUCGACAACGAUUAUAUCACAAAUUACUGUAACCAUUAGAUAUUUUACUAUGGCUAUAGUAAUUUCUGCAUGUGUUUCUUUCGAUUUCCGACAGGUGGCCAACACAGUCUGGCACUACUAUGAUACCAUAGCAUUCCAAAGAAGAAUUAUUUCUCCGUGUACAAUAACGAAAUCGAAGCAUUUGAGGGAAAUUACGGCAGAUAUCAACAGAAUACAUCUACACAAAAAAUAUCAGCUGUUAUUUAAUCUUCUACUCUGAAAACUGUAGGUUUGAAAGGAUUUUUAUAAUAGGUUAAAUUUUUGCUAAUUCAGUGGUUUAGUUGGAAGCUCACAAUCAAGCUGGAUACUAGCUUAGAGCAAAUAUUGAUAUUUUUUCUUAAAUAGACCGUACACAGAGAAGAAUGCUGCCGGAAAAGACUCUUAGUUAUGUAGAAGCUAAGCUGCAAAUUUUUGAAAGUAAUCAAAUUAUCACUAUGAAUUGAAUCAAGAAUGAAUUCUUUUUCGAAAAGUUAUUUCUUCUCUCAAUGUCAAAUAAAAAUAAUAGUAUAUUUCUCAUAUAUUAAUACUUGUAUGACUACUUAAAGUUUAGUUACAGCCUUAGAUAGCCGACUUUUAGAUCAUUCACCUCAGGUUGUGUAUAGUAGAUUUAAUUUGUAAAUGUAUUUUAUGAUAAAUUUUAAACUAAUAAAUUUAUAUUUCAAAAUUAAUUUGAAAUUAAUUUAUUCAGAUUCAUCGCAUAGGAAAAUUGUAAAUAUAAAUACAGUUUGUAAUUAAAAACCGUAGAAUUUAAAGUCAUGUAAUCCAACUGUGUCCGUAUGUUAAUAUCUCAUAAAUUUUAAUAAAAUAUACUAUAUAUUCGUACAAUACUUUAUAAAAAAACUUUAACAUUCUGUUAAUCGUAAAUUUUCAUUCAAUACCCAACAUGAUUAAAUGAAAAAAAAAAAAAAAAAUUGUCAAAUUACUUGAAAAAAAAUAGUUAUUUUUUUUUCAAAUUAUAGUUCAUGUAACUUUUUUCACUGCAUUGUAUGAUCAUUAAUCGUAUCAUAUACAACAAGAUAAUUUUAUGUUCUAUUCGCUAAACAUAAGUAAUCUUUUUCAAAUCGUAGCUCAGCAAUUUCAUAAAAGUGAGGACACAUUAAAACAAUUUUAUAUACAUAACCAAUAAAAUGACAAUUUCAUUUCGAUUUUUUAGUACAAAUAGUAUAAAAAAGUGUAAAGCUUUUAUAUUUAUAAUCAUAGAUGUAAUUAAAAUUAAUUUGUAAUUAAAAGUUGUUUGAAUUUAUUAAAAAUUUAUAAACAAUUUGAGGAUUAAUAUAUAUAACAAUGAAAUUAUUUUUUGCGAACAAUCUGUUCAUUUUUUAUUAAAAAUUUACA